CUGCAGCAGGACUUCACACAUCUGGUCAGGAUGAAGAGGAACCCACAGGAGGAAAUUGAGGAAAUCAUAGAAGAAGCUAGCUAUGUUAAUGCUCCAGUAUGUACUGUGGAGAAAGUGGCAGCCCCUCCAGACCAGAGGUCUCUCUUCUUCUCUCGGUCUUCUCCACUGAUAGCAGUGUGUUGGCUGAUACUGUUAGUCAUCAUGGGCCUUCGGAUCUACUUUACCUCUGUCAUUUCUGAAAAUGACGCCAAGCUGAGGGCAGAAAACCAGCAGCUUAAAGCCCGAAACCAGGAGCUGGAGACACAGAUACAAAACAUGACCACAGUUGAUGAUUACUGCCCCAAAGAAAAUAACGUUUCAGAGAGACGCUUGUCAGGAGGACUGAAAACCUGGGAAGAAGCUCGGGCAAACUGCAGAGAUACAACGCAGAUUGUUGUUGUACAUAGACAAGAGGAAAAGGAUAUGAUCAGUGGUUACAGCUGGGGGACGCAGGAUGAGAGUGGCUACUGGAUUGGCCUGAGAGUUGAAAAUGGGAGAUGGAAGUGGAUUGAUGGAAGUGAUCUGGCUGUAGACUUCUGGAUAGGACCUCCCUUUGACGGUCAUUGUGCAGUUUCUGUCCAGGGCGUCGGUUGGACAUCAGCGAGCUGUGCUGACAGAAAACGAUGGAUCUGCAAAAAGAAGGCUUUAGGAGUUUAA